ACAAAUGAGAUUUAUUGAAUAAAUUAUAUUUUAAUGAUUUUCAUCAAAAAAAAAAUUAGAUUUCAAAUAUUGACCAAGCCCUGUCUGUCAUUAAGCCAACUAUAUGCACGUAAAAUCAAGUUUUAUACAUUAAAUUAUUUAUAACCACGCGCACUGCGAUAAGGCACAUAAUCUGGUACCUUUAUAUAUCCAUUAACUAUGACUGAAGAAAAUGGUGAAAAUUCAAGUAACGAUGAUUGGUCAGUAGCAUGUUCAGAUGAUGAAUUGGCCACAGAUGGAGAUGGAAAUUGGUACCCACCACCUGCAGAUUUAGAAGUUCUCUUUGAAGAACUUGAAAAGAAUGGUAUAUUACAACUGCAAUGGAAAUGUCCUGGUCGUCGACCUCCUUCACCUAUUGGAAAUGAAGAGACUUCUAAUAAUUCUGAUCAGGAAUCAAAUGAUGAGAAGAAAUCAAACUUUGAGUUCAUGGACGAAAUGAGCUCUCCUCAAAUAAGGGUGAGAGUUGCUGGAGAAAAUGAAUUAAAAGGCUCUGCUAAAAAGAAGACUAGCAGUUUUGAUGGUAUUCUAUUAAACAUGAAGAGACAUCGCCAAUUGAAUCAGGAAUUGGAACAAAAACCUGAAUGAAUGCAUCUUUACUAUAAUAAACUUUUAUAAGAUUAGAAUAAGAGUUUUGAUUCAUUGUAAAUACAAUAUAACCAUACUAGGUUUUGUACUUAAAAUGAGUAAUCAACAAAUAU